GGCGGGGAGGGCAGCCGGGCUGGCUGCCCAUCAGGAGAGCUGGCCAUGCCCACCGCCCGCCCUCUGCUCUGCUCUCUUGGCUGCUGCUCUCGCCUAGGCUGGCGCUUGGCGGGAGGUCAAUGAAGUGCCAGAGGGUGGGCGAGACAGCCGCGGCUGCUUCGCUUCCCGUCCCUGCCUGAAAGCCCUCUCGGGCAGCUAUGCUCCUGAGCGGCAUUCGAGGCGUCUCCCAAGCCGGGACAGUUGCGUGCUGAGGAGCGGAAUAAGCGGGGCUGGUGCGAGGCAAACCGGAGGUGCGCAAAAGGCAAAAGAACCCAUAUUCAUAAAAACAUCACAGAUACCACUGCAGCACUGCGAACAAAGGAGGCCAUGAUGGUUCAUGCCAAGGCAGUUCAACAGACAUUAAUAAAUCUACUUUGAGAUGGAAAUCCUGUAUGAAUGUGGAAGCCAUUAGCAGAGUAAUUGCUGUCUGUUACCAUGACAACCAGCCGCUGCAGUCACCUGCCCGAAGUCUUACCAGACUGCACCAGCUCAGCUGCUCCCAUGGUAAAAACUGUGGAGGACUGUAGGAGUCUUGUGAAUGGACAGCCGCAGUAUGUCAUGCAAGUUUCGGCCAAGGACGGGCAGCUGCUGUCAACAGUAGUACGGACGCUUACUACACAGAGUCCUUUCAAUGACAGACCGAUGUGUAGAAUUUGCCACGAAGGAAGCAGUCAAGAGGACUUACUUUCACCCUGUGAAUGUACAGGGACCCUGGGAACUAUUCAUCGCAGCUGCCUGGAGCAUUGGCUGUCAUCUUCGAAUACCACUUACUGUGAACUCUGCCACUUCAGGUUUUCAGUAGAGCGCAAACCCCGACCGUUGGUUGAGUGGCUAAGAAACCCGGGCCCACAGCACGAGAAACGGACACUGUUUGGGGACAUGGUGUGCUUCUUGUUUAUAACUCCACUGGCUACCAUCUCUGGCUGGUUGUGUCUGCGAGGAGCAGUGGACCACCUGCACUUUAGUAGUAGGCUAGAAGCUGUUGGCCUCAUUGCACUCACUGUCGCACUCUUCACAAUUUACCUCUUUUGGACAUUAGUAUCAUUUAGGUAUCAUUGUAGAUUGUAUAAUGAAUGGCGUCGGACCAAUCAAAGAGUUAUACUUCUCAUCCCAAAGUCUGCUGGCAUCCCUUCAAACCAUCAGUCCUUGCUGGGCCAGCAUUCAGUCAAAAGGAACUCAAAGGAGACAAUCGUCUAAUUGUGCUACUCUACACUGGGGCCAUGAACUACAGGGGGGUGGGGUGGGGGGCUGAUUCCACCCCAAAUUUAAUAGUAUCACAUUUUGAAUGACAAACUCUUUGCAGAAGAAAGAUGACAUGACUGUUGCAAUUGAAAUCAUGGAUGCUGCAAUCAUAUGAUAUUUGCUAAGCUGCCAAACAUGUUAAAAAUUUAGCAGAUACUGUAUGACAUUCUCCAAUACCAUGUUGAUAGCUGCAUCACUAAGGACACAAUCCUUUUUUAUUGUUGUUUGAAGAUAUUAAACUAUGAUGGCUAAACAAUGAAAAA